CCGACACACUGAUUCAUCCCUCCAUUCCUCCAGUCCAGCCAUGAAACAGACUCUGAGCGAGCUGAUGAGGAUGAGCAGGAUAUGCCGGAUGGUGUUUGCCACUUGUUUGGGAUCCUUUAUUCUGGUCAUCUUUUAUAUCCAAAGUAUGUUCCAGCCAGUCAUGCGGAGAAACCCCUUCAUGGUGGACGGGUGCUGUCGGAAAGGAUCCCGCAACGCCCUGCAGGAGCUCUACAACCCCUCUCAGUCUGAUCUGUCGGGGACUGCGGUGCUGCACCAGGCCAGGAGGGAUCAGGUGGUGGACGCCUGCAGGGUCUACAGUGCAUCCAGUCGGAAGAGGAGAGUGCUAACGCCAGGAGACCUGAAGCACCUGGUGGUGGACGAGGACCAUGAACUCAUCUACUGCUACGUCCCCAAGGUGGCCUGCACUAACUGGAAACGGGUCAUGAUGGUACUCACAGGCCGGGGAAAAUACACUGACCCGAUGGAAAUCCCGUCCAACGAAGCCCACGUUCCCUCCAACCUGAAGACUCUGAACCAGUACAGCAUCGCUGAGAUCAACCACCGCCUCAAGAACUACCUCAAGUUCCUCUUUGUUCGGGAGCCUUUUGAGAGGCUGGUCUCCGCUUACCGCAAUAAGUUCACCCUAAAGUACAACUCAUCGUUUCACAAACGCUUCGGUACGCGCAUCAUCAGGCGCUACCGCAAGAACGCCACGCAGGACGCUCUGCUCAACGGUGCCGACGUCAAAUUCAAAGAGUUUGUGGAGUAUUUGGUGGACCCGGCCACGCAGCGUGACGGCCCGCUGAACGAGCACUGGCAGACCGUCUACCAGCUCUGCCACCCCUGUCACAUCCACUACGACGUAGUGGGCAAAUAUGAAACUUUAGAGGAAGACGCUAACUAUGUGUUGCAGCUGGUGGGCGUCAGUGACUCUUUGCGCUUUCCGAGCUACGCCAAGUCCACUCGCACCACAGACGCCAUGGCUGCUCAGUUUUUCAGCAAUAUCAGCACUCAACAGCAGAUCCAACUGUACCAGCUGUAUAAGCUGGACUUCCUCAUGUUCAACUACUCUGUACCCAGUUACCUGCGGCUGGACUAAAACAAGACAGAGCUGGAACUCUGUGAGUGGUUACCUGGUUUAAAGAGAGGCAACAAAAUCAGAUUUGUUUUGGAAGUUUUGAAAGCAAAAUUGGACUUUAAAAACUGUCAGUGUUGGUGUGGCUUUGGAAAGUGGUUUGUAAACGUUGCUGGACGGUUGAGUGUUGCGUGCUUCUUGGCCCAAAAUUGAUGGGUCAACCAGAAGAUACUGUGAGCACUGAUUAGAUGGGAAUGUGGCUAAAAUUUCCAAAUGCAUGCAAAUACUGAAAUGUUUGGGUGAAGCAGGUCUUCAAGGUGUUUAAAAUGUGGAGCUUAUCUUCAGAGGGAUUCUUCUGAUGAUGUUCCCUACACGAUUAAACAAACUGCUGACAAAUAAGGCUGCUUCAGAAUCUGCAAAGCAAACAGCAGCCUCGCACACAUCCCGGCCCCAAUGCAUUGUGGAAUUUAAGCUUAUCUCCUUCCCCUUGAUCAAUAUAGAAACUCAAUUGUAAAACCGUUCUUGCCCUUUGCUGCACUGCCAGCAUGGUAAGUUAGCACCCAUUAUCCUUCGCUGUAUUAGAUUUGGUUGAGAAAAAGAAAAAGGAUGUCUUGUGUUUGGCAAUUCCUGGUUUUAAUGUGAAGGCUUCCCAACUACAACUACAGAGCCGUAGCCUUCAGCCAACACUGUAAAGAUGCCUGUCCUAUCAAUAGAGGGUCUGCAUUGACGUCACUUCCCCACCUGACCACGGCCCCUUACUGCACUGAGUGGCAAAACAUCAGCAAAAACAGCUGCAAUUAUUGGAGAAGACGGGAUAACAGCUGAUUAUCAGCUUAAAUUAAAAGCAGUUGGACUUGACAGUGACCCGUACAGUUACCAAGAACCAGUGGUCCAUGGACAUUAAUAUUUGUUACAGUUACCCCAAGAACCAGUGGUUCAUGGACAUUAAUAUUUGGUACAGUUACCAAGAACCAGUGGUCCAUGGACAUUAAUAUUUGGUACAGUUACCCCAAGAACCAGUGGUCCAUGGACAUUAAUAUUUGGUACAGUUACCCCAAGAACCAGUGGUCCAUGGACAUUAAUAUUUGGUACAGUUACCAAGAACCAGUGGUCCAUGGACAUUAAUAUUUGGUACAGUUACCAAGAACCAGUGGUCCAUGGACAUUAAUAUUUGGUACAGUUACUAAGAACCAGUGGUCCAUGGACAUUAAUAUUUGGUACAGUUACCAAGAACCAGUGCUCCAUGGACAUUAAUAUUUGGUACAGUUACCCCAAGAACCAGUGGUCCAUGGAUAUUAAUAUUUGGUACAGUUACCAAGAACCAGUGGUCCAUGGACAUUAAUAUUUAGUACAGUUACUAAGAACCAGUGGUCCAUGGACAUUAAUAUUUAGUACAGUUACCCCAAGAACCAGUGGUCCAUGGACAUUAAUAUUUGGUACAGUUACCAAGAACCAGUGGUCCAUGGACAUUAAUAUUUUGUACAGUUACCCCAAGAACCAGUGGUCCAUGGACAUUAAUAUUUGCUACAGUUACCCCAAGAACCAGUGGUCCAUGGACAUUAUUAUUUGGUACAGUUACCAAGAACCAGUGGUCCAUGGACAUUAAUAUUUGGUACAGUUUCCCCAAGAACCAGUGGUCCAUGGACAUUAAUAUUUGGUACAGUUACCAAGAACCAGUGGUCCAUGGACAUUAAUAUUUGGUACAGUUACCAAGAACCAGUGGUCCAUGGACAUUAAUAUUUGGUACAGUUACUAAGAACCAGUGGUCCAUGGACAUUAAUAUUUGGUACAGUUACUAAGAACCAGUGGUCCAUGGACAUUAAUAUUUGGUACAGUUACCAAGAACCAGUGGUCCAUGGACAUUAAUAUUUGGUACAGUUACCAAGAACCAGUGGUCCAUGGACAUUAAUAUUUGGUAGUUACCCCAAGAACCAGUGGUCCAUGGACAUUAAUAUUUAGUACAGUUACCCCAAGAACCAGUGGUCCAUGGACAUUAUUAUUUGGUACAGUUACCAAGAACCAGUGGUCCAUGGACAUUAAUAUUUGGUAGUUACCCCAAGAACCAGUGGUCCAUGGACAUUAAUAUUUGCUACAAUUACCCCAAGAACCAGUGGUCCAUGGACAUUAAUAUUUGGUACAGUUACCAAGAACCAGUGGUCCAUGGACAUUAAUAUUUAGUACAGUUACUAAGAACCAGUGGUCCAUGGACAUUAAUAUUUAGUACAGUUACCCCAAGAACCAGUGGUCCAUGGACAUUAAUAUUUGGUACAGUUACCCCAAGAACCAGUGGUCCAUGGACAUUAAUAUUUGGUACAGUUACCCCAAGAACCAGUGGUCCAUGGACAUUAAUAUUUGGUACAGUUACUAAGAACCAGUGGUCCAUGGACAUUAAUAUUUGGUACAGUUACCCCAAGAACCAGUGCUACAUGGACAUUAAUAUUUGGUACAGUUACCCCAAGAACCAGUGGUCCAUGGACAUUAAUAUUUGGUACAGUUACCAAGAACCAGUGGUCCAUGGACAUUAAUAUUUGGUACAGUUACCAAGAACCAGUGGUCCAUGGACAUUAAUAUUUGGUACAGUUACCAAGAACCAGUGGUCCAUGGACAUUAAUAUUUGCUACAGUUACCCCAAGAACCAGUGGUCCAUGGACAUUAAUAUUUAGUACAGUUACCCCAAGAACCAGUGGUCCAUGGACAUUAUUAUUUGGUACAGUUACCAAGAACCAGUGGUCCAUGGACAUUAAUAUUUUCUACAGUUACCCCAAGAACCAGUGGUCCGUGGACAUUAAUAUUUGGUACAGUUACCAAGAACCAGUGGUCCAUGGACAUUAAUAUUUGGUACAGUUACCCCAAGAACCAGUGGUCCAUGGACAUUAAUAUUGGUACAGUUACUAAGAACCAGUGGUCCAUGGACAUUAAUAUUUGCUACAGUUACCCCAAGAACCAGUGGUCCAUGGACAUUAAUAUUUGGUACAGUUACCCCAAGAACCAGUGGUCCAUGGACAUUAAUAUUGGUACAGUUACUAAGAACCAGUGGUCCAUGGACAUUAAUAUUUGGUACAGUUACCCCAAGAACCAGUGCUCCAUGGACAUUAAUAUUUGGUACAGUUACCCCAAGAACCAGUGGUCCAUGGACAUUAAUAUUUGGUACAGUUACCAAGAACCAGUGGUCCAUGGACAUUAAUAUUUGGUACAGUUACCAAGAACCAGUGGUCCAUGGACAUUAAUAUUUGGUACAGUUACCAAGAACCAGUGGUCCAUGGACAUUAAUAUUUGGUACAGUUACCAAGAACCAGUGGUCCAUGGACAUUAAUAUUUGCUACAGUUACCCCAAGAACCAGUGGUCCAUGGACAUUAAUAUUUAGUACAGUUACCCCAAGAACCAGUGGUCCAUGGACAUUAUUAUUUGGUACAGUUACCAAGAACCAGUGGUCCAUGGACAUUAAUAUUUGCUACAGUUACCAAGAACCAGUGGUCCAUGGACAUUAAUAUUUGCUACAGUUACCCCAAGAACCAGUGGUCCAUGGACAUUAAUAUUUGGUACAGUUACCAAGAACCAGUGGUCCAUGGAGAUUAAUAUUUGGUACAGUUACCGAGAACCAGUGGUCCAUGGACAUUAAUAUUUGGUACAGUUACCCCAAGAACCAGUGGUCCAUGGACAUUAAUAUUUGGUACAGUUACCAAGAACCAGUGGUCCAUGGACAUUAAUAUUUGGUACAGUUACCAAGAACCAGUGGUCCAUGGACAUUAAUAUUUGGUACAGUUACCAAGAACCAGUGGUCCAUGGACAUUAAUAUUUGGUACAGUUACCAAGAACCAGUGGUCCAUGGACAUUAAUAUUUGGUAGUUACCAAUAACCAGUGGUCCAUGGACAUUCAUAUUUGGUACAGUUACCAAGAACCAGUGGUUCAUGGACAUUAAUAUUUGGUACAGUUACCAAGAACCAGUGGUCCAUGGACAUUAAUAUUUGGCCACCAAUCCAGUUCCUGAUAUUUAUAUGUACUUAAUUUCUACGCCGGGGAAAUACACGAAGCAAAGCUUGAAGGCAUACAAAAGUCUUGACGCUUGGUCCGACUUCAAGGCAGGAUUUGUUGUAGAAAUUAAAGUGAUGAGGACGCUGAACUUUAUGAUUUGACCGUUUAACGUUAUCUACCCAAAAAUCCAACAUUACCUGAUACAAAAUGGGAACCACAAAUCCAUGUUUCAGUGUCUGGAAUCCAGUUGUUUCUGUGAAUUGCAGUGAUCCAUUUGUCUCUCUUAAGCUUAUUUUUCUGCAGUCUGUAAAACGAUAACUCAGAUUUCUUGAUAAAUCUAUGAGUACAGUCGAUCGCACAACAGCUCUUUCCCAUUUUAGAUGUUUUCCAGUUGCUCAAACUGAAAGUUUACGCUGCCACUCAGUCUUUCUGACACUCAGUCUUUCUGACACUCAGUGGGACGAAACCCGCUGUGAAGUUGCAUCUGUGACGUCAUGUGCAUUCCCUCUAUAUGAUGUUGCCAAAUAAAAGAAGACCUCUUGUAUUCCAACCUGAGAACAUAGUGAAGUCAGUGAGGACGUAUGGAAGUGCUGAAUGAACCUUUGUAAAAAAAACAAAACACUUUAACCAGUUGGAAUGAGUUAAAAGGGAAAGGAUGUGUUUCUGUAGUUGGAUGUACCAGCUGCACUCAAAGAGAGCCGGCAUGUGGGGCUGGAUCAGAUGACCCCUGACCCCUGACCCCUGACCCCGGCCAGGCCCGUACUCACAAGGCCCCUCAACCAACAGCCAAACAUGUCUUUCAGUGAAUUGAGAUGAUUCUUUUGUCUUCAUGUUUAUUUUUAUUCUAUUGUCUUAUGAAACAUUGCUGCGAGCAGCAAUUACAAAACAUUAUUUAAUUUGCUUUCUUGGAUGAAUUUAGUGAGAAUGAUCUACAAUCUUAGCUUUUCUGGGACGAGGAACAUCUUGGGAUAUUUGUACAGUGGGACUGUUGUUGAGAGCUUCAGCUUUUCAGAUCCAUCACAGGAUUUAUCUUUCUGAAUGGUUCAUGGUACACUUCACUUCUUAGCUUUGUCCUUCUGUGCCUGAGUUAAUCACAUAUUUAUUUAUUGUCCAUGGCCUGAUGUCAAGAAUUUAGUAGCGAAAUGGGAGUCCAAAACACAGACUCAUAGACUGUGCUUUCAUGGGCAACAGGAUUCUGAUGUGAACCCAGUAAAAAAUACUUCAAAUGAGAAACUACAAUGUAAAUAGGGGCCUUAAUCCUGAAGUGAGAAGCAGUCGCAUCACCACUCAGUAUGCAAGGGCGACAUGACAUCAACAGUUUAAAAACAUUUAGAUGACAAGUGCUGGCAUCUGUUAUCAUGUAUAGCACUAAAAAUAAGAAGAUUUUUCAAAAUCAGAAACUAGACCCUGAAAAUACUACGUGGCAUUAUAACGGCGACAACCCUUUAUUUGGUGUCAUUGUAUUAAAUUCUGAAGGAAACGUAAAACAUGAGCAUGAUAGAGACAUCGUUAGUAAAACUCAUGUGAACUAAACAUUCUACAAGUAUCUCAUGUAAACAUCAACGUCACUGGAUAUUGUUUUACUUGGAAUAAGGUGAAUACCCAUAUUUUCUGGACUAUAAGCCGCACCUGCAUACAAGCCGCAUCUGCUCUAUUUAAAAAAAAUAAUAAUUAAAAAAGGAUAUACAAGCCGCACCUGCAUACAAGCCGCAUCCGCUCUAUUUAAGCAGAUAUUUAUGUUGUUAGAAUAGAUAUUUACUACAUGUACAGAAGGAUUUUGAACUGUAAAUGAUUGUACCUAAAUAAAUCUUUCCUAACAGUGUCUUUUAACACGGCAGCAACUUUGAUGAUUAAAACGGGACAGAACCAAGAGAAAAUAACCAGUAUUUAUUCAUCUAUUUAUCUGUUUGAAAUCUGCUUCUACUUCUAUCUGCUAAAGAAGAAGUAGCGUAUUCGUCCAUGCAUUUAUUUUGUCUUAGUUUUGAUUCUAAUUCCGGUUAGAGCGCCCCGAGCGGUGGAAGAAAAAUCCACAGAAUAGAAUAACCUUUGUAUAAGCUGCAUGGUUGAAAACCUAUGAAAAAAAUAGCGGCUUAUAGUCCAGAAAAUACGGUAAUUGGAUUUGUUGCUGUCCGUGUGAGCGGAGGUCAGCAACACGGGACCAGAACCAGAGAACCAGCUGCUUUUCUCAGUGUGCACAUCCAAAGUUGACCCUGCAUCACAGAAUCAAAGACUGCAUUUCAUAUUUUAAUGUGAUUAAUGCUUUGCCAUGUCAAGGUGAAUAACUCCACACACCAUCACACUGGAUUGGGUCUCAGGCUGUUGUGUAACACAAGAGAGAGUUGAAGAGAGGAAUAAAGAAGAGUGUUUUACUCUCAGACUGAAGAGAAGGAUUGAGUCCUUGAUUUUGUUUUACUUUUCCUUCUAAAGUCUCAUCUAAAAUCUUAUGAGUUUCAAAACUGGUUUAUCUAGAAUGAGAGAACAGCCUUAUGUAUUUUUUUUAACGUUUUUUUCUACUUCUUCUUCUAACGUCUUUUCCCGCC